ACCCUGCUGCCGGCGUGAGAAAGCGCGAAAGGAGACACAGUCCACGCUGCAUAGAGGCGGGUGUGAGGCUCUGCCUCGCCGCCCGGGGUGCCCCGCACCAGGCCGGGGACAGGGACCGCCGUGCCCGGCUCGCCCCCGCCUCUCCCGCCCCUCGGGGCUCCGCUCCGCCUACAAGAGUCCGAUGGCGGCGCUAAGGGACCCGCCUCAGGACAGUAUGACCUUUGAAGACAUUGCCGUGUACUUUUCCUGGGAGGAAUGGAAGCUCCUUGAUGAGGUUCAGAGGCACUUGUACAACCAUGUGAUGCUGGAAAACUUUGCACUUCUAUCCUCAGUGGGUUGUUGCUGUGGAGCAGAGGAUGCAGAAACACUCUUCCAACGAAGUGGUUCCAUAGGCAUGUCACAGGCCAGGAUUCCUAAGGCAGCUUCAUUUUCCCAGAAGAACCACCGCUGUGAAAAGUGUAGUCUGGUCUUGAGAGGUAUUUUUCACUUGGCUGAGCAUGAAGAAACACAAUAUAGCCAAAAUGUGUUCGGGUGUAGAAUAUGUAUGAAACGAUUUCAUUUUAGUGAACACCUCCAAAAACACCAGAAGCAGCACAUGGAAGAGAAAUCCUUCCGAAAUGAUGUAGACAGAGCCUUGUUUGUGAAGAGCUGCAAAUUCCACAUGUCAGGAAAGCCCUUUGCUUGUGAGAAAGUUAAGAAAGACUUUCUGGCCAGCUUGGGACAUCUCCAGCAACAGACCACUCACACCAGGGAGAAGCCAAACAAUAGUGCCCAGUGUGAGCCAACUUUACAAAGCAGAGAAAGUCAUUACAGCCGGGGAGAAUGCAAGAAAGGCCUCAGCCCCAAACAUGCACUUGUUCAGGACCAGGGUGUCUGCAUUGGAAGACAUUGUUUUGUGUGCAGUGAAUGUGGGAAAAUAUUCAGGUACAAAUCCUCAUUUAUUGUGCACCAGAGAGUACAUACCCAAGAAAGGCUUCAUGUGUGUGGUGAAUCUGGAAAAUCUUUCAGGCAAACCUCAACUUUCAAUCUGCAUCGAAGAAUUCAUACUGGGGCAAGGCAAUAUGAGUGCAGCAAAUGUGGGAAAUCCUUUAAGCAAAACUUUGUCCUCAUUUAUCCCUGGAGAAGUCACAUUGGAGAAAAUUGUUAUUUGUGCACUGAAUGUGCACAAUCUUUUCACCAUAGAUCCAUCCUAGUUCGAGAAUGGACAGUUCACAAUGGAAAAAGGCGUUAUGAGUGUACUCAGUGUGGGUUAUCUUUUAGACGAAAAUUUUACCUCAUUGGACACUGGAGAGUUCAUAUAGGAGAAAGGCCUUACGUUUGCGGUAAAUGUGGGAAAUCUUUUACCAAUAGCUCCGUGCUCAUCCUACACCAGCGAGUACAUAGAGGGGAAAGGCCUUUUGUGUGCCAUGAAUGUGGGAAGUCUUUUACCCAGAGCUCCAUACUCAUUCUCCACCAGAGAGUUCACACAGGAAAAAGGCCUUUUGAGUGCAGUGAGUGUUGGAAAUCUUUUAGCCAUCAAUCUUACCUCACUCAACACUGGAAGAUUCAUAGGGGAAAAAGGCUUUAUGAAUGUAGUGAAUGUGGUAAGUCUUUUACCUCUCGCUCUGGCCUCCAUUAUCAUCAGAGAGUUCACACAGGAGAAAGGCCUUAUGAGUGCAGUGAGUGCGGAAAAUCUUUUACCUCCCCCUCUGCCCUGCAUCAUCAUUGGAAGACUCAUGCUGGAGAUAAGCCUUAUAAAUGCACUGUAUGUGGGAAACGUUUUUCCUGUGGUUCCACCCUCUGUUAUCAUCAGAGAGUUCACACAGGAGAAAGGCCUUAUGUGUGCAGUGAAUGUGGGAAAUCUUUUUCCUCUAAUUCCAACCUCAGUAAUCAUCAGAGAAUUCACACAGGAGAAAGGCCUUAUGUGUGCUGUGAAUGUGGGAAAUCUUUCAUCCAAAAAAGUCACUUUCUUAUACACCAGAGAGUUCACACAGGCGAAAGGCCUUACGUGUGCCCUGUAUGUGGGAAAUCUUUUUUCUCUAGUUGCAACCUCAUUAAACAUCAGAGAAUUCACACAGGGGAAAGGCCUUAUGUGUGCAGUGAGUGUGGGAAAUCCUUUCUCGAAAGAUGUUACCUUCUUAUACACCAAAGAGUUCACACAGGAGUGAAGCCUUAUGUGUGCAGUGAAUGUGGGAAAUCUUUUUCCUCUAAUUCCAGCCUCAGUGGUCAUCAGAGAAUUCACACAGGAGAAAAGCCUUAUGUAUGCGGUGAAUGUGGGAAAUCCUUCCUCCGAAGAUGUCACCUUUUUAUACACCAAAGAGUUCACACAGGAGAAAGGCCUUAUAAGUGUAGUGAGUGUGGGAAAUCUUUUACCAGUAGGAGGAGCCUUCAUUACCAUCAGGGAGUUCAUAGUGAAGAAAGGCCUCAUGAGUGCAGUGAAUGUGGGAAAUCUUUUUCCUGUAGUUCCAUUCUCCGUGAACAUCAGAGAAUUCACACAAGCAAAAGGCCUCAUGAAUGCACUGAAUGUGGGAAGUCCUUUAGAACAAAAUUUUAUCUCACUGAACACUCUAGAGUUCAUACUGGAGAAAAGCCUUAUAAGUGCAGUGAAUGUGGGAAAUGUUAUUCGCAUAAGUCUGGUCUCCAUUAUCAUCAGAGUGUUCACACUGGGUUAAGGCUAUAUAGGUGCAGUGAAUGUGGGAAGUCUUUUUCCAAGAGCUCUGCACUUACUCAUCAUCAGAGAGUUCAUACUGGAGAUGAGCCUUAUUAGAACCAUGAAUGGGGGCAAUCUUUUUUCUCUGCGUCCAACCUCAGUAAUUCACACAGGAGAAAGACCUUAUAAAUGCAGUUGAAUGUGGGAAAUCUUUUCCCUAUAAAUCCAUCCUUCAUGAGCAUCAGCGAAUUCACACAAGCAAAAGGCGUUAUGAGUGCAGUGAAUGUGCGAUAUCGUUUACCUCACACCCUGGAACUCUUAUCAGCAAAGAGUUCACAAUGGAUCAAGGCUUUAUGAAUGUAGUGAAUGUGGGAAGUCUUUUAUCCAAAAAUGUUACAUUGUUAUACACCAGAGAGUUCACACAGGAGAAAGGCCUAAGUCAGUGAGUAUGGGAAAUCUUUUUCACCUAGGUCUGGCUUCUGUUAUCAUCAGAAAGUUCACACAGCACUGAGGGCAUAUGAGUGCAGUGAAUGGGAAAUCUUUUCCCAAGAGUUCUGUACUCAUUCAACAUCAGUGUUCACAGAGGUGAAAGGCCUUGAGUGUGUGGUGAAUGUGAGAAAUCCUUUACCUCUAGUUCUACCCUUUUUUUCAUAUCAGACUUCACAGGAAAAGUCUUAUGCAUGCCAGGAAUUUGGGAAAUUCUUUCCUAAAGAAUUUACCUCAUGGGACUGCCCUGGUGACCCAGUGGUUAAGAAUCCACCUUCCAGUGCUGGGGAUGUGGGUUCAAUCCCUGAUCAGGGAAGUAAGAUCCCUCAUGCUAUGGGGAAACUAAGCCUAUGCACUGCAACUACUGAUCCCAUGGGCCAAACUAGAGAAGACUUCAUGCUGCAACAAAGAUCCUGUGUG